UGUAAAGUGAGUUAAAAUAUUUGUAAGAAUAGAGGUAUUCCUGUGAUUUCAUGGGUAUGAAGGACAGGCCUAGGACACAUUUACGUUUAAAUAAAGUAAAAAGUGUAAAGUGGAUAUACAGGGAAGGGCGACGCCAACAGCUGUUAUGGGGGGUGUGGGCCCAGCCCCAGUCGGAGGGAGCCCCUUACUGUGGCAGCAGUGGCAGUGUGGGAAAUACCGGCUGCUUUAGGAGUGGUGUCCUGAGCCUGCCAAGAACAUCUCCUAAGGCUGCGGCAGCUCAGCCCUUCAUCCAUGGCCCUCCACCUUAGUUUCCCCCAGCAGCGUACGGGGACCCCGUUACAACUGGGCCAGCCACAUUCCUCACAUCCCUCAACACCCAGGCCAGACCCCACCUCAGGGCCUUCGCCUCCCUUUCUGCAGAUGGACUAGGGCUUGAUCCCUCCCUUCCGUCACAGCUCUGCUCAGGUGUCACCUUGGUGAACACCUGGUCAGUGAGUCUGACUGGCAGUCCCUCCCGAGCACCCCCGACGCCCUCCACGCGGCUUUAUCCGCCUCCUCAAUUUACUGUAUGCAACUCCUGCUGUGUGGUUUCUGCCUGUCCCUGAGAGCAGGGGCUUUGUCUCAUUCACGGCUGUGCCCUAGCAUCUAGAACACUUUCCUUGUGCCUGGCAUUCAAUUUGACAGCCUUUUCUGUGGCUUUCCCAUGUGCUGGGAAUGUCUCCUGUUAGCCUUUAGGACCUUCCUCUCUGCUGAGGGCACCCCAGAUCUCCUGACCCCAGGCAGCCAGUCACUUCUGCUCUCUGGCUAUCCUAGUCCUGAACCCUCAGGGAGGUGCCCAUCUGAAGUUCUUCCCCACUGACCAGCGGACAGGCCUGGGCCGACUUACUGCUGGGUCCCCAGCAUCACCCGGCUUGUAAGCCCAGGUUAUAAACGUCUGGGCCUCUCUGCGGCUCCCUCUGUCUCUUACUUGUUCCUGCCCCUGUCCUGCUGUCUCUCUGUCACUUAAAGAGCCUUGGCGUGGGCUGGUCCCUCGGCCUGGAAAGCUGUUCCCCACUCUGUCUGCCUGGCGACCUCCUACUCAUCCUUCAGGACCCAGCACAGGCUCCAUCCUCUAUGAAGUUACCACCCUGAUGACUUCAGGUGGGGGUCUCUGCCCUCUUCCCUCCACCCUGGCUUCACUUCCCCAUUAAUGUCCUAAGGGCUGCAGCCAUCUGGGCCCCAGAAUGUCUCCCCCAUCAGGCUAGGAAACCCUCGGGACAGGGCUGACUCAUCUGGGGCCCUCACAGGCCACGUGGUUGGGAUGAGCAGGGCCGCCCCGCUCUCUCCCCUCCAGGCCUUUGCCUCUGCUCCCCUCCUGUCUGGGACGACCCUUUCCUUCUUGACUAGCAAACUCCUGCUCCUCUUUAAGGCCCCAGCUCCAUGUCACCUCCUCUGUGAGGUCUUCCUGGACUGCCCAGGUGGUCAGUGCCUCUCUCGUCUGGGUUCCCCCUACCCACAACAUACCCUGACCGCCUGGCCUGGGCAGUGACUGUCUGGGUGUGGAGACUGGAAACUCCUGGAAGGCAGGACCUGGGUCUUACCCCUCUCUGCAUCCUCUCCUUAUCCUGAGCACAAGGCAGCCUGAGGAGGCAUAUGCUGAAGAGCUGUGACGUACACCUCCAGCUUUGGGCUAGGGCCCCACCCCUCUUUCUCCUCCCACCUCUGACUUCACACCACCCCUCCAGGGUCUUCACUGCCCACUGUGACUUCACGAAGUUGGCUUGAGCAAGGCAAUCAGGUAGUGGCUACCUGCGGCUACCAGGUCUCUUGUGUCCACCGUGACUCCCAGCCCACAAGCCCUUCCACGGCCACCAUGCCUUCUCCACCUACGAGAGCCCCAAAGCCCAGCACAUCUCCGGCACCCACUGGACCCCCGAUGCCUGCAGCGUCUCCCAAGCCUCCCGCCUCCUUGAAGACCCCCAAAUCGGCAGCGCCCAACAGCCCCUCGGCAUCCACCAAACCGUCCACAGCCCCCAACUCGGUCACAAGCCCAAGCAGUUCCAAAUCUCCCAAAUGGGCGAAGACCAAGACAGCCCCUUCUAACCAGCCCAGCCACAAGUCGCGAGUCCACAGCCAGGCACGCACACCCAGCAAAGCCAGCACCAACACCCGGGCCAGCACUGACACCAGGGUCAGCAAGACCAGCAAGGCCAGCGGGGUAAGACGCCCCCAGCACCGAGGCACCCGCAGCCGGGGCAGAACUCCUGGCAGAAAGGGAAGCCGCAGCUCCAAGCGGUCAGCCAACAGGGCCAGCACGCCAAGCAGGAUAAGAACUCACGGUGCCAGACCAAGCAUGCCCAGCAAGGUGAGAACGCCUACUUCCCAGCAAAAACAGGGUAGGGGGAAGAGUUACAGCCGGCCUAGAACCAGCAACCAGGAAAGGAGUGAGAGCCACCCUGGAAGUGUGAGCCGAAAGAAGAGCUACAGCCCCCCAGGAGCCUCUGAUAUGGGUAAGAGUUCCAGCCCGGCUGCAACCUCCAGCAGGGCAAAGAGUUACAGCCCCACUCGAACUCCCUUAGAGGAGACAGGUUACAGCCAGUCUCCAUCAUCGUCGCGGAGGGUGAAGAGUUACAGUCAGAUGAUUACCCCCAGCAGGGAAUGGAGUUUCAGCCCGACUGAAGCGUUCAGCAGGGUCGAGAGUUACAACCAGGGUAGUAUGCCCAGCCGGCCCCAAAGUCACAGCGGGUCUAGCAGCCCCAGCCGGCCCCAAAGUCACAGCCGGUCUAGAACGCCCAGAAGGGCAAGAAGUCACAGUCGGGAGAGGGCCCACAGCAGGGUGAGAAGUCACAGUUGGAAGAGAAAUCACAGCAGGGCAAGAAGUCGUACCCGGAAGGGAACUCCCAGUCAGAUGGGAAGACAAAGUCAGUCAAGAAUCCACAGCAAGGGGAAAAAUUAUAACCAAUCUAGAACCCCCAGAAAGGAAAGAAGUCACAGCCAGUCUAGAAGCCACAGCAAGGAGAGCGGUUACAGGCGAGCUAGAACCCACAGCAAGGAGAGAGGUCGCAUAUGGUCUAGAACCCCCAGCAAAGAAAGAGACCACAGCCGAUCUAGGACCCCCAGUAAAGAUAGAGACCACAGUCGAUCCAGAACCCCCAGCAAGGAGAGAUAUUACAGCCGAUCUAGAACCCCCAGAAGAGAGAGAGAUCACAGACGAUCUCGAACCUCCAGCAGGGGGAGAGAUCACAGCCAACCUAGACCCUCCAGCAAGGAGAGAGAUCACAGACGAUCUCGAACCUCCAGCAGGGGGAGAGAUCACAGCCAACCUAGACCCUCCAGCAAGGAGAGAGAUCAUAGCCAAACUAGAACCUCCAGCAAGGAGAGAGAUCACAGACGAUCUCGAACCUCCAGCAAGGGGAGAGAUCACAGCCAACCUAGACCCUCCAGCAAGGAGAGAGAUCACAGCCAAACUAGAACCUCCAGCAAGGAGAGAGAUCACAGACGAUCUCGAACCUCCAGCAAGGGGAGAGAUCACAGCCAACCUAGACCCUCCAGCAGGGGGAGAGAUCACAGCCAACCUAGACCCUCCAGCAAGGAGAGAGAUCACAGCCAAACUAGACCCUCCAGAAAAGAGAGAGAUCACAGACGAUCUCGAACCUCCAGCAAGGGGAGAGAUCACAGCCAACCUAGAACCCCCAGCAAGGAGAGAGAUCACAGCCAAACUAGAACCUCCAGAAAAGAGAGAGAUCACAGACGAUCUCGAACCCCCAGCAAGGGGAGAGAUCACGGCCGAUCUAGAACUCCCGGAAAGAAGAGAGACCACAGCCGAACCAGAACGUCCAACCAAGAAAGUGACCCCAACAAGGAGAGCAAUUCCAGCCAAUCUACAACCCCCACCAGUCUCAGCAGGAAGGGAUCCCCUAGCAGAGCACAGAGUCCUAAUGGGAAGAGAACACCUAGCGAGACAAGGAACCACUCACAGUCAAGAUUUCUUAGCAGAGCCCCAGUCCCAAACCAGAAUGAUACACAAGCCGACACUACCGCCUCUAAGGCCGUCUCACCUGGAGAAAGGUCCUCAUCAUCUUCUUCCAAGCUGGCGUAG